AUGGUAAAGAUCAUCCGCUCCGACUUCCGGGUGCAAAGAGAAGAGGAAGGUGAGUCUGGCGUCGCUGUUGUGGAUGGGUGUCAGCAGUCGGGUCUGUCCUCCGGGAACAAAGCUGGAGACGAUGCUGCCGGAUGGAUGGAACACGAUCUGUGGUGCACAGUGGACAGCUUUACUUCCAGGUCUGGUCACUUCCAGGACACACCGACUAGAAGUAAGAGCAAUGUCACUACUAUAUUUUUACUGGGAUUCAACAACCUCGACUCAUGUAAAUAUCUGCUGUUCACCUUGCUCCUUAUGACGUACUGUGUGACAAUAUAUGGAAACCUCUUGAUUAUCAUGCUGGUUUACUACAGCAAGAUACUCCACUCUCCCAUGUACUUCUUCCUAACCCAGCUCUCCUUUUCUGACUUAAUGUUGACCACAGAUAUUUCCCCAAACAUGCUAAAUCUUGUACUGCAUGGGCAGACUUCUUUAAACUUUUCUAGCUGUAUCACCCAACUUUUUUUCUUUGGCUUCUCAGAAGCAUCGGAAUGUCUUCUUCUGACAGUGAUGUCCUACGACCGAUAUCUUGCAAUCUGCUCUCCUCUGCAUUAUACCUCCAUUAUGAACCCGUUGCUUUGUCUCAAGUUAGUUUUUGCAUCUUGGAUUUUGAGUUGCACCAUAGAAUUAACUUUAACUCUUUGCAUAUGUCAGCUUCAGUUCUGUGGACCGAAUACUGUUGAUCAUUUUUUCUGUGAUUUUAAUCCUGUGGUGAAGUUGUCUUGUUCAGAUGUAUCUAUAGUUCAAAUGGAAGCUACUUUGAUGUGCAUUCCUGUGAUAGUCCUGCCAUUUUUAGUGAUAGUAGUUUCAUAUUCCUACAUUGUUUUAACCAUAGUAAAGAUAUCAUCUGUAUCAGGAAGACUGAAAUCCUUUUCUACUUGCAGCUCCCACCUGACAGUUGUGUUUAUAUUUUAUGGAACACUGAUUGCCAUGUACAUGCUUCCAAAUGAUGGACAAUCACAAAGGAUAAAUAAGGCACUGGCUAUGUUGUACACAGUGUUUACUCCCCUUUUAAAUCCUUUCAUUUACAGCCUGAGGAAUAAAGAUAUCAAGGAUGCUUUGAGAAAUGGUGUUCUUAACAAGAAAUAUUAUAAUUGGAAGUCUUUGGUUAAAAUUAGAUAA